UAGGCCAUUUGUGAGCCGUGUCGAGACGCGACUCGAUGCUUUCGAAAAAGUCGAGGAUGUGAAAUGAGUAAGUUGAAGGCGACGAUGAUGAGGCUUUAGCCUAUUGAGACAGCCCGUCUGACGACAAGUCGACGCUUGGGUUGUUGGCUGAGACUCACGGCCCCACCUGUCCUCCGUCGUCCCGUUCCUCCCUGACAAAGUGCAUUCAUGGAAGGCGAAUUAAGCGAUUCCCGCACCAUCUUGGGCCUGGGUAAAGACGAAAUCACAAGCAACCAGCAAUCAAGUAGACUGCGCAAUUUCGUCGACAAUUACCUCCGCAAAGCCCCCAAAUCCAGCAAUUUCACAAUGGCUUCUUCUCAGGUUUCUGCCGACUUGAUCUGGGAGAUUGUUCGUAGCAACAACUCCUUCCUCGUCAAGCGCAAGGCUUCCGGCGGUGUUCAGUUCUCCCGUGACAACUUGAACCUGACCAACAAGCAUGCGCGCAAGUGGGCCGGUUUCGUGAACGACAAGGCCAUUGGUGUCGUUCCCGGUGAGAAGAAUGCCGUCAAGGUUUUGAGCAAGAAGACCUCGGCUGCCAACAAGCCCGUCUCGGCCAUCACCGAGACCACCUACAGCGGUGGCAAGUCCGCCCGCAAGACCUACGUUGCUGUUGCCCAGCAGACCGCUAAGAGCAACUACCGCGCCGACCUCCGCCAGGCCGCCGUUGCCCGUGCCUCCGCCGUCCGCCACUCCUACAAGGAGCCCAAGCCUACCCCCGAGCCCAAGCCCCGUGGCGCCAAGGCCAAGAAGGCCGCCGAGUAAAAGGCAAACAAAUCUCAUUAACAUGAAUUAUGGGCGAAUUUGAAAGGGUCACCAGCGUACAGGGCACGGCAAAAAGCAUGGAUUUUGAAGGCUAGAUUAGGCUAGGUCAACCGGCGGACAGGCAUCAUAUUUUGCUUUCGUGCAACUGGUAGUCACAAUCAUGAUAAGAAAAAAAGAUUCAAGACUACAGACUAUGGGACCCCUCUUUUCAACCCCUGUCAUCUA